AUGAUGCAGCCGUCUGUCGCGCCUCCAACCAAGGCGUACCUCCUCGAGAAGAAGAGCGGCGGGAUCGCCGAGAUCAAGCACCGCGGCCUCAAGGAGAAGAUCCCCGUCAUCAAGCACCUUGGCGGCGGCGGCGGCGACGACGACGACUUGAAUGGCAGGGCACCGAUUCGCGCCGUCCUCCAGAAGGUGGACGUCGGGCUCAAGAAGAUCACGGGCUCGAUUACCGAUUUGCUCGGUGACGACCUCGGCGGCUUGCUCGACAACCUCCUCAAAAAGGUCUAUUCGUUCGUCAAGAACAACGCGCUCGAGCUGGUCAAGACUCUCCUUCGGGAGCUGGCCCACUGCGGUGGCCUCUUUGAGUCGCUCGAGGCGUGUGCUAUCCUCGCGCCGACCCCACGCCGUCUCGGCCGCUGA